AUGAAGACCAUUGCCAUUCUCGCGCUUGCCUCGUCGGCUGCAGUAUUUGCGGCGGGGGAUAUCAACCUGAACGAAACCACUACUACUGGUUUGUUGCGAGGCCCCGACAGAAAACUCCGCACCAACGCCCAAGUCCAAGGGAUCCAAGACGACGCGGACGUCAACCGCAAGUGCCAUACGACCAACGGCGGCAAAUUCCACAAUUGUUUCCGCACGUCGGACCAAAUCUUCGAUUACGUGGAUGCGUUGGUGGCACAGAACCCAACUUUGUUGACGAAAGAAAAGAUUUCGUGCACCGUUCGAGGCAAGGCUAUCUACGCGUACAAACUGACCAGCGGCGCAUCUAAGCCCAGGUCGUUGUACUUUCAAAGCCUGCUCCAUGCCCGGGAAUGGAUCGCUGGGUCGUCCAACUUGUUUACGUUGUCUUCGAUUCUGGACGACAUUGCCAACAAGAAACCCACGGCGGUGGACGCGUUCAACUUGUACUUUGUGCCGAUCGUUAACAUUGACGGGUACGAUAUCUCGUGGACGAAGGGCAAGCGGUUGCAGCGCAAGAAUGCCAACGGAGUCGACCUGAACCGCAACUGGCCGACUCCCUUCAAAAACGCCAAAGCCGUACCCCUAUGGUCUGAACUUUACCCGGGCAAGAAUCCGGGGAGCGAGCCAGAAACCAGGGGGAUUGGGGCGUGGCUCCAUGCCAAGAACUCUGAACUCGCCGGCUGGGUGGACGUGCAUUCCGUCAAGGGGUUGAUCUUGUACCCUUAUGGCGACACGACGCAACCCAUCGGCAACGGUGACGACGCCAAGUUUGAACGGCUCGGCCGAAACGUUGCCGCCGCAACCGGUGGCGGCUACACGGGCCAGACGGCGGCUUCCCCUCCCCUUGAACCUGCGAUCGGGGCGUUCGACGACUACCUCUAUCGAACGUACAAGAAGCCCGUGUUGACCAUCGAAGUGGCUGGUACUCAUUUUGCCGCCCAUGUGUCGACCAUCCGUACCCGCGGCACGGAAAUCUUCAAAGCGCUGACUCAAUUUGCCAAGGAAGUUUUGAUUUUCGAGGGCAACGGCGGCGAGAUUGUCCAAAGAGGGCAACGGCGGUGGGAUUGCCUUUCCCAAAGAUUGAUCAAUCAAAACAAGUCGGACGUGGUGGAAGGUGAUGUGGCGGAGUUGCUGGUAUCCGAUGAUCCAACCCGCCAAUAA